UGUCCCACCCACAGAUGGAAGUCCACAUAGGCCUGCUUUGCUGAUUGUCUGCAGGAAGCACGUGCCUAUAAUAAAACGAUAUUUCAGUUUGAGUUCAAACGUCAAAAGUGGAUACUGGCUCUAAAUGAUAAGAUGUCCAACACUGUGAAAAACAUUUCUGUUACUUACAAUCCAACAAAUCAGAGCAAUACCUUCACCAGUGGGGAUUUUAUAUCGGGACAAGUCAUUCUGGAUGUAGCGAAGGAGACACAAAUACAGUCAUUGAGUGUGAAAAUUAAAGGGAAAGCAGAGGUGUGCUGGUCCGAGCAUUAUGGUCAAACAACUGUUGUUUACUCGGAUAAGGAGAAGUUUUAUUCCAUGAAGAGGUUUUUCAUUCUGGAGGAAAAAACACAAGGUAAUGGUCAUGAGAUGCUGAACGAUCCCUCCGGACGGCCGUAUUCUUCAGUUGUUGCAUCAGGGCGUCAUGUUUACCUUUUCGCCUUUCAGUUGCCUCAACAACACUUCCCACCAAGCUUUAAAGGUUCGGUUGGAAAAAUUGUCUACAGUUUGGAGGCAAAACUAGAAAGAGCAAUGCGUAUUUCUACCAAGGACAAAGCAGAGUUCCAUUAUGCACCCAAACCUGAUCUGCCUGGUCCUGAACUAAUGGCACCUCAGUAUGGAACCAAAGAUAAACAAAUGAAACUCUUCACCUCUGGGAGUGUCUCCAUGAACAUAAACACUGAGAAAAUGGGAUACUACCUUGGAGAAGGCUUGAAAGUUUUAGCUGAAGUUCAGAAUAAUUCUUCCCGCUCAGUCAAGCCAAAAUACUGCCUGUAUGAAAAACACAGUUUUUUGGCAAAAGGCAAGAGAAGACUUCACACACAUAACAUUCUUAAAGAUGAAGGUGAACCCAUUGAGCCAAACUCAAAGAAAACUGUCACCAAAUUGCUGUCCAUUCCUCCCAGCCUCACCAUCUCUGUCCUAAACUGUAGGAUCCUCAAGGUUGAGUACAGACUCAGGGUCUACCUCAAUGUGCCAUAUACCUCCGAUCCAGAAAUCAAAUUCCCAGUUGUGAUUCUUCCUCCUCAGCCUGCUAAAAACAGUGACUUCGGAAUCUGGAAUCAGCCACCAGGAAGCAAUAUGUACCCCAACCCACUUCCUAUAGUUCCACUUAAUGUGGUUGGACCGUCUGGUCCGUCUGGAGCUUCUGGUUACUCUGGACCUCCUGAUGCUCAGUUUGGUGCUCAUAGUUCCCCUGCACCUCCUGGCCAGUUGGGUCCAUUUUCUCAACAGUUUGACCCAUCAGCUCCACCUCCAUAUCAGGACUAUCAAUUAUAUCCAAAGUUACCUGACCACCCUGAAAAAUCUUAACUAAAUGGUUUAAAAAUCACCUUCUUGGCUUCUUUUAUCACUGGACAGUCUUAGAACUUUGAUGAAAUCUUUUUUUAUUUAAUUAUAUAGUAGAGUGUUCUUUAGAAAUCUGAAUACUGAUACAUAUUUUAUUCUUUUUCUAAUGUGACUGACACAAUUAAAACAUAUGUACACUACCGUUCAAAAGUUUGGGGUUAGUAAGACUUGUAAUAGUCUUUAAAGAAGUCUCUUAUGCUCAUCAAGGCUUCAUUUAUUUGAUUAAAAAUAUACAAGAAAAAACAGUAAUAUUGCAAAAUGUUUUUACAAUAUAAAAUAAUGUUUUUUAUUUUAACAUACUUUAAAAUAGAAUUUAUUCCUGUGAUGAAAAGCUGAAUUUUUAUCAGCUGUUACUCCAGUCUUAAGUGUCACAUGAUCGUUCAGAAAUCAUUCUAAUAUGCGGAUUUAUUAUUAGAAUGAUCAAUGUUGGAUAAUAUCAACAGUUGUGCUGCCAAAUAUUUUUUGGAACCUGUAAUUUUUUUUUUUUUUUUUCAGGAUUCUUUCAUGAAUAACAAGUUUAAAAAGUACAGUGUUUAUUCAAAAUAUAAAUAUUUUAUA